AUGAUUCAUCUCCUCCCUCCCCGUUUCAUGAUUCAUCUCCUCCCUCCCCGUUUCAUGAUUCAUCUCCUCCCUCCCCGUUUCAUGAUUCAUCUCCUCCCUCCCCGUUUCAUGAUUCAUCUCCUCCCUCCCCGUUUCAUGAUUCAUCUCCUCCCUCCCCGUUUCAUGAUUCAUCUCCUCCCUCCCCGUUUCAUGAUUCAUCUCCUCCCUCCCCGUUUCAUGAUUCAUCUCCUCCCUCCCCGUUUCAUGAUUCAUCUCCUCCCUCCCCGUUUCAUGAUUCAUCUCCUCCCUCCCCGUUUCAUGAUUCAUCUCCUCCCUCCCCGUUUCAUGAUUCAUCUCCUCCCUCCCCGUUUCAUGAUUCAUCUCCUCCCUCCCCGUUUCAUGAUUCAUCUCCUCCCUCCCCGUUUCAUGAUUCAUCUCCUCCCUCCCCGUUUCAUGAUUCAUCUCCUCCCUCCCCGUUUCAUGAUUCAUCUCCUCCCUCCCCGUUUCAUGAUUCAUCUCCUCCCUCCCCGUUUCAUGAUUCAUCUCCUCCCUCCCGUUUCAUGA